AUGGUUGAUAGUGAGACUGUUAAUAAGUACACACAUUUUUUACCUUUUGAUUCUUGGCACAUUGUUCCUGCUGUGGGUAAAUCUGGUGGUAUGGCUUUGGGGUUUUUAAAAAAUUCAAGUUUAGAGGUUUUAGGCAGUACUUUUAAUAUGAUUCAUGUAGUAUGCGAUAUCACUCCAACCAUUAAGAAUUGUUUGGUCACUUUCAGAUAUGGAGCUUUAAAUACUUUAGGUAUUAGAAAUCAGUGGAACUACUUGAAACAUUUCAAUGAGUCGGACAAUAGGCCUUGGCUUUUAUUAGGUGACUUCAACUUUAUACUGAAUGUCUCAGAAAAACAGGGAGGAAUUCCUGAAAAUUCGUUAGCGUUUGAUUUUAUUAAGAACUCUCUUUUGAUGUUAAAUAUGCAUGAUGUUUUCUCUUUUGGAAAUCCGUUUACUUGGUGCAACAAAAGAUUCAAAAAUCCUUCCGAGCUUAUAUUUGAAAAACUGGAUAGGGGAUUUAUCAAUGAUAAUUGGGUUUCGCUGCUACCUCAAACUAGGGUUACGAAUCUAGGUAGAGUUUUCUCAGAUCAUUGCCCCAUCUUGCUGCAAUGUUUUCAUAGUACUGAUAAACUUGCUAUUCCUUUUAAGUACUUUAAAUGCUGGCAAGUUAUCCAUGAAUUCAAACAUGUUCUUGUUAAUUCUCGGAAAAAGGUAAUUAAAGGCUCUGCAAGUUUUAUUGUAGCUGGGAAGCUCAGAAAUCUAAAACAUGAUCUUAGUUUUUGGAAUUUGAACUCUUUUGGACACAUCAAAACAACAAUUAAUAGGUUGAAUUCAGAAAUUGAAAAACUGCAGAAUAUGGCUGAUACUCCCUCUAUAGGAAAUUUUAUUCUCAACUACUCUAAGCAGUUGGACUUUUGGUAUGAAAUAGAGAAUUCCUUCUAUAAACAAAAGUCGAGGAUUGACUACUUCACGCAGUAUGAUAAGAAUACCAAUUUUUUUAAUAAUAUUAAGUUAAGAAACAUGUACAACACCAUACAUAUGCUUAAAGAUAAUCAAGGUAAUUGGCUGGGAAAUAGAGAUCAAGUCCUUCACCUCCUUGCUGAUCAUUUAAAAAAAAUAUUUGCUUCUUCUAUGCCGAGAAACUCUGAUAUUGAUGAUGUGCUUAUGGAUAUCAAACCUAUCAUUUCUGAUGAGGUCAAUUCUAAGCUUGUUGCUAUACCUUCUGUGAAUGAGAUAUUUAGAACUGUUAAAAUAUGGCGCCUUGGAAAUCCCCCGGACCUGAUGGCUUUCCGGGUGGGUUCUUCAGGGAUAAUUGGGAUCACAUUUCAACUGAAGUUAUUAAUCACGUACACGGAUUUUUUUCGCAGCAAAUUUCUUCUUAAGCAGCUCAAUCAUUCUUUUAUCGCUUUAAUUCCUAAGGUAAGUAACCCCUCUACUCUGAAUGAUUUUCGACCUAUUAGCCUCAUUAAUACUGUUUACAAAAUAAUUUCAAAAAAUUUAACUAAUCGUUUAAAACCUGUUUUAGAUUCUUUAAUAUCUGCUUAUCAGUCUGCAUUUAUAGCUAAUAGGAAAAUACAUGAUAACAUCAUCAUUAGUCAUGAAAUUCUGCAUUCCUUUAAAACUAGAAAGAGGAAAAAUAACAAAGAUGGUUUCAUGACUAUUAAGUUAGAUUUAUCUAAAGCCUUUGAUAGGCAGGAUGGCCAUUCAUAA